AUUUUUUUCAAGUAUUUCGCACUGGAGACGGAGUUUUACCCAAGUGUCGCCCCGUUCUUCUGGUUGUACAACCGAAUCUCGAUGCUCCAGCGAUAAGGCUAACGGGCAACGACAACAACGACGACCAAGGUUUAUAGAUUAUAAUCUAUAAACCUUGAACGACGACGACGUGCAUAUCAUUUGGUCGAGCGCGGGUGUCGCCCAUUCCCUCCUUUUCCAACUCAUCGGUAAAUCGUGACGGAAAGACGAACGAGACUGAAGACUUUGACUUUGUGAAGACGGUGCCCGGAGAUAAUAUGCAACAAUGGUUUGAACAAGACCAACCAAACGCCAAACAUUUAUCAGAUACAAAGCUUCAUUCUGUACCAAGAUCAUCUAAAGAAAUGGAUAAGUCAAUACUCAAAACAUUUACUGUUGAAGCUGAAACAAUAACUGGACAAUAUAUUUGUGUAUCUGGUAAUUGCUCAACCCUAGGCGAUUGGGAAGUGAACAAGGCUUUCGUUCUAAAUAACACAAAUGUGAUACGUAUUAGAAAAAAUCGAAAAUACUGCGUAUGGACUGGGUCUGUACAUUUGCCACCAGAAAAAGAAAUAUUCUUUCGUUAUUUCAUGGCAUAUAUUGUAGAACCUGACGGUGAAUUUAUUACACAAAGGCAUAUUUUUGUUCAUUCGUGGGAGUCUCAGCAGGAACCUAGACGUGUACAAAAUGAAACUCAAAUAUCAAGCAGUGAUUGUGCCCUACAAAGUGAUAUGUAUGGUAUGGAUGAUAAAAAUCAAAUCAGCAAAGGGUUUUUGACUACAGAAUGUGCUAUUCAGUUUAAAUUAUUUGAUACUCCUAUUAAAUUUUGGAACUCUAAACUACAAAACAAAAUGAGUUUAGUUAGUGUAAAAAUGACACCUGUACCUCUUUCUAAACUGUCAGCUGAUUCUGGGGACUCGUCUCCUAAUACAAGUAAUGUCAUACUUGAAGAUUCUAGCUCACAAGGAACUGAUUAUAUUGAGAAACAAUUUGGAUGGCCAUAUGUAGAAUGUGUGGAUAUUCCUGGUGGUCACAGUUUUAAGCAUCAAAAUCAGUUUGGAACUAUUAUGCAAGAAAAUACUUUUCAUUUAUUUCAAACAAAAAUGUACAAUUUCAGUUGUGUUGGAUACCUAUUUGAUUUUUAUCUCCAUAAAGAAUCUUCUGAAGAACCUCCUUAUCACAUUGGUUUUACUCACGUAUUACCAAGUAAUAUGAAAUAUAGCAAUGGAAUAAUUAUAUCUCCCAUUACCAGUGUUCGUCAUAAGCCAAUAGGAGAACUUAAAAUUGAUUAUUUAAUUAUAAAACCAACAAAAGAUAUCAAGUGCACUUUAGAAGUACUAAGAUUGACAGAUUGGAAAAGUUCCCAUUUUCCAUUAGAUAUUGGUCAUAGAGGAUCAGGUUCAUCAUUUAAACAAAUUUUGUCAGAUUGUUCUCAUAUUCGUGAGAAUACAAUAGCAUCAUUAAAAGAGGCAGCAAAUAAAGGGGCUGAUUUAGUUGAGUUUGAUGUACAACUGACAAAAGAUUUGGUACCAAUUAUUAAUCAUGAUUUUGUAGUAUCAAUGGCAAUAAAAUCAAAAACUAAUCUUUUAGCUGAAGAAGUUGAAAUGGUUCAAAUUCCAUUGAAAGAUUUUACUUUCGAACAAUUACAAAAGUUAAAAAUUUAUCAUGUUAAAGAACCUUAUACACUUUCUGAAACUCACUUUUUAAAUGAUGUUAGAAAUGAUUAUCAACCUUUUCCAAAACUUGAGAAAGCAUUUACAGAUGUUGAUACCAAUGUCGGAUUUAAUAUUGAAUUGAAAUGGACAAUGAAACUUCAGGAUGGAACAUAUGAACUCGACAACCCAUUCGACAUGAAUUUAUUUGUUGACACCAUACUUAAAACCACAUUUGAAUUGGCAGGAUCACGAAGUAUAGUCUUUUCUUGUUUUCAUCCUGAUGUCUGUACCAUGCUUAAAAUGAAGCAAAAUCGGUAUCCUAUAUUGUUUUUAACUCAAGGUGUUACUGUGCGAUACCCUUCAUAUGCUGAUCCUAGAUGUCAUUCUAUACAGAACGCUGUCUAUCAUGCUACUUGUCACGAUUUAUUGGGAGUAAAUGUUCACUCUGAAGAUUUGUUGCGUGAUCCAUUACAAAUAAAUAUUGUCAAACAAGCUGGACUCGCUCUAUUUUGUUGGGGAGAUGAUAAUAAUUGUAAAGACGUGGCUAAUAAAUUCAAAAAAUUAGGCGUGAAUGCUGUUAUAUACGAUAAGUUGGAUAAGAUUGAGUUGUUGAAAAAAAAAAUGUCUUGUUCUACUGAAAAUCCUGAUGUCUUCAUUGCCAAUAAUUAUUGUGAUCAAAAUGAUAUACUUUUAUCCAACCAACAAUCACUUAAUGAUGAUCCACAUUUACGCGAAGAUAAUGAAAAGGAUAAUAAUAGAUAUUUUAUGGAUGUUGGUAAAGCCAGUUUUCAGAAUCAAUGUUCUUCUACAGAAACAUUAUGGAAUGAAAAAAUAAAUGAUUGUAAGACGCCAUCAAGAAAACAGAAAUUUGACUGCAAUGAUGGUACUUUAGAAUCGGAUGUUCAACCAACUUUAUCCAAAAAAUCUAAGGCUAUAGAAGAUUAGUCAAAAAUAAACAUUAUCUAGUUUUGAAAAAUAACAAACAAUCAAAAUGAUAUUCAAACAUGUUAUGUUUUAUUAAAUAUAUAUUAUAUAUUUUAUUUAAUGUAUUUUAAUAUAUUAUUAACUAUUAAUAAUUGUUAGUUACUCUAUCAGUUUUAAGAAUGGGGAUUAUUUAUAAGCUACAUAGCUUAAAUUUAAGUAUUGUUAGGGUUAAAUAAAUUAGUAGAAACAAUAUUUUUAAAACAUAUAUAUUUUUUUUUUGUUUGUAUUGGCAUUUUAACUAUAGAUGUUCAAAUUAUUUUGUAUAAACGCGGUACGGUGCUGUAAUUUAAAUAUAAUAUAUUAUUAUUAAUCUACUCUGUGUAUGCUCAGUGUAGUGUCGUGAUAAAUGACAAUUUGCAAAAUUAUUACAAUAUUCCUAGAACCUGGGAUUUUUUUAUACAUAGUUAUAAUAGUUUUUGAUGAUUGUUAAUUAUUAUAAAAAUAUUUUCAUAUAGUACCAUUAUUUUGUAAUAUUAUUAAUUAUUAUAUAUAGUUUUUAUGAUUACAUUAUGAAAUAUUAUUUGGUGAUUGUUUGAUUAAAUUAAUAAUAUCUAUUUGGUGUUAAUAUGAUCAAUAUAUGUAUUAUGAUAUAUCAUUAUGAUUAA